GGAAGCGGAGAGGAGGCUGUCCCAUGACAGAGGCUGGCCGUAGGAGGGCCGCGAGCUCGCGAAGGGCUCGGGUCCGGAGCCAGCGACUGCCCCCGACUUGGGAGAUUUCGGAUUCGGACUUUGAGGGUGACACUACGGCAGAAGAGGGUGCUGGGCCCCGGAACGCUGCAGAGGAGCACAAGGUAGCACCUGAGACAUGGCGGCCAGAGAAGGCUUUGCAGCGCUUGACGCUGUCCUGGAAGAUGCCGGCUCAGAUAUCCUGAUGGAAGCACUGAGUGCCCUGGGCUGUGAGUGCUACAUCGAGCCGCAGAGUCCAGCCCGCAGCCUGCAGUGGAGUGGAGUGAGGCCUAACCCCCAGCCCCCAGGCGUGUUUCCUGAGGUGUGGGCUGCACAGGACCAGGAGCUACUGCUGCUGUUGAAGCCAGAAGAAUUUCUGCAGGGUGUGACUCAGCUUAUCCAGACCUUAGGUUCACCCUGCUCUGUGCCCUGGAUUUCUGCUGAGAGCCCUGUCCACCCCCAUGUGGCUGUCAUUGGGCUGGAUGCUUACCUUUGGUCUCACCAGCCGAGUACCCAGGGGACACAGCAGCCACAGAGUCCAGAGAUGGUUGAGACUCACCUGACCAUUGGCUGGCCUGAGGUUGAAGAGGCCUUGGUGCUCCUGCAGCUCCUUAGAGACCUGGAUGUGCUUUUGGUGGCCUCAUGGCAGGAGCUGAGCCAGCAUGUAUGCUCCUUCACCAAAGCCCUUGCCCAACGUCCUUCCAAGCAGUACCGGGACUCCAAGGCCUUUUCGUUCUGCACAACAGGACGCUGGGCCUCAGGCCAAAGAGUGGCCAGAAAUGGCUCUGGGCUACAGGGGGUGUGGUGGAGGCAGAUUCAGCAGUUUAACAGGGUCAGCCCAGCUGUAGCUGACGCUGUGGUUGCUGCCUUCCCCUCCCCCCGCCUUCUGCAGCAGGCACUCCUGGCCUGCAGCACAGAACAAGAGCGCCUGGGCCUCUUGGCUGACCUUCCUGUGAAGCCCCACAAAGGCAAGCAACACCGCAGGGUGGGGCCUGACCUCUCCCGCAGAAUCUGCCUCUUCCUGACCACUACCAACCCUGACCUCCUGCUGGACCUGGGCUCCUGAGCACACCCAUUGGGCUUCCUCCCACAUCCAUCAACAGGACAGUAUAUAGCCCAACACACUAAAGGGCAGGACCUAAACCUACCGAAGGUAGACUAGGGUGGACUCAGUUGGUCAGGUCUGAGCUUAUGGGUGGGUGAAGGGGAGGGAAGUUAUGAAAUGAGCAGAAAUGAAGUGAGCGCUUCCCCAGUCCAGAGGUGACAUUUAGCAAAAAGACCUGGAGAAAACGGGGACUUUUGGCUAUAGAUCUGGCUUCAGGGUAGCCAAGCAGCAGGGCAAUGUGUCCAGAAGAGGUGUCAGACAGCUUCCAGGUCCACAGCUACCAGAGGCUUCAAGGGUGGCUUCCUUGGGAGGAGUAUGAGAUCUUAGGGAGAGGCGAACCAGGCCUGACCCUUUCAGACUGUUGGACAGCCAGACCUGACAGGAAGAAAACUGGACACAAAGGAGGCCAAGGCCUUGAGAUGGACUCUUUAAUCUUACAGCUGUGUGGGCAUUUGUGACAAUUAAAGUCUCUGUGACAGGCGCAGCAGCUGACAACAUGCAAAGCAAGCUAAGAAAAAAUCCAGGUCUGGCAGGAACAGAAAGAACUAAGCUCCAGCAGAACCCUUCUCUUUCUGGGGCAGCAGACACCUGUGCCCCUGGCUCCCAGUCUGGGUCCAGAGGUACUCAGGCUGCUCCUCCCAAGACACUCAAGAGGGAGACACAAGGGCACAGGUAUGGCUUGUGCCCUGCCCAGCUCAGGCAGCUGGGUGGACUGGCAGCCUGGGGCCCUGGGGCCCCUGAAGAAAAGACUGUCUUGGCCCUGGGAGAGAUGAUUUCAGCCCAGCUCUCCUCUCUCCUGCUGGAUGGAAAGAAGCCAGGGAGGGAGAGAAUGCUAGUCACAGGCUGAGAAGGCAGUCUUCAUCAAGAAAUAAAAUCAGGUCCGUCGGCA